AUGAGGUUUAAGAACCUUUUUUACCGUUUCAGUGCCAUAAGGUUUAAAUCUAACUUGGUAGAAUCAUCAAAUGAAUUAAAACCUUCAACAUUUAUCAAAAAGUUCAGAAGACGGUUUGUUCAUGAUUUUUAUUUCGAUAUAGAAGACAAUUAUAAGCGGUUAUCAAGAAGUAGCAAGGUUUCUUACUACGCACUUGGUCUCUUCCUUCUAAUCCCUUCUGGACUCGCGCUAUUCUCGCCCUCAACCCCUGGCUACGUAAACCUGCUAUCGCAUCAAUUUAAGCUCUCCUCAAUGACUCUUUCUUGGAUUUCUUCGAGCUAUCUUUCCUUUAACAUUUGUAAAUUCGGAAACAACUCACUCCUUGCAAACUCUAGAGGGUUUAUCGGACUGUUUUUCGCUGUCGUUGGAGUCACUGGCGCACUAAUAAUUGGCGACUACUCAAUGAUAUCCGGGCUCUACGCCCUAAUGAGCUGUUAUCUUUUACUUGGAUUGUACAAUUACAUUUUAACGAUAAACAAACUUCUCCCUAGGUGUAUUUUCUUGCCUUCCAGCUCUUUGAUUCUCCUGAAUCUGGCCACCAUAUUCUCUAGCUUAAUUAAAUCAUACUCAGUCAAAAGUGACAUGACGACACCAAACGAGGAGAUAAUUCGGAGGUUUGAGUCUUCUCCUAGAUUUAAGAAGUCUACUAACUCAGUUGAAUUUGAAGAAAAACCACAGGAACCCAAUUAA